GCGCCGGGGCUGAGCCGGGCGCGCACGGGCUGCCGCAUGUGCCGCGCGGGGAGCGGCUGCAGAGCGGGCGGAGAGCGAACACGAGAGGCCCCGUCGGAGCGGCAGCCGGAGCAGCGCCGGAGAUGGGAGAACAGCCCAUCUUCACCACCCGAGCCCACGUUUUCCAGAUCGACCCCAGCACCAAGAAGAACUGGGUGCCUGCGAGCAAGCAGGCCGUCACAGUCUCCUACUUCUACGAUGUCACAAGGAACAGCUAUCGGAUCAUCAGUGUGGAUGGAGCCAAGGUGAUCAUAAACAGCACAAUCACACCCAAUAUGACUUUCACCAAAACAUCGCAGAAAUUUGGGCAGUGGGCCGACAGCAGAGCCAACACGGUGUUUGGUUUGGGGUUUUCCUCGGAGCAGCAGCUGACAAAGUUUGCAGAGAAAUUCCAGGAGGUGAAAGAAGCUGCCAGAUUAGCCAGAGACAAAUCCCAGGAGAAAAUUGAGACCUCGAGCAAUCAUUCCCAAGCAUCCAGCAUCAACGGAACAGACGAUGAAAAGGCGUCUUGUGCGGGUCCUGCCAGCACACACCUCAGGUCUGAGAACGACAAGCUGAAGAUCGCUCUGACACAGAGCGCCGCCAACGUGAAGAAAUGGGAGAUCGAGCUGCAGACCCUGCGGGAGAGCAACGCCCGGCUGACCACGGCACUGCAGGACUCGGCGGCCAGCGUGGAUCAGUGGAGGAGGCAGUUCUCCCUCUGUCGUGACGAGAAUGACCGGCUCCGGAACAAGAUUGACGAGCUGGAAGAGCAGUGCAGCGAGAUAAACAGAGAGAAGGAGAAGAAUACCCAGUUGAAGAGAAGAAUUGAGGAGCUGGAGUUGGAACUCCGAGAAAAGGAGACGGAGUUGAUAGACCUCCGAAAACAAAGUGAAAUCAUACCUCAGCUCAUGUCAGAGUGUGAAUACGUCUCUGAGAAGUUAGAGGCGGCAGAGAAAGACAAUCAGAACCUGGAAGACAAAGUGCGCUCCCUGAAGACGGACAUCGAGGAGAGCAAGUACCGCCAGCGCCACCUGAAGGUGGAGCUGAAGAGCUUCUUGGAGGUGCUGGACGGGAAGAUCGAUGACCUGCACAACUUCCGCCGGGGCCUCUCCAAGCUGGGCACCGACAACUAGGGCUGCGCAGCCUUGUGAAGAGUGCCCCCCCCAGGCCACACAGACCCCCGGUGCACCUGCCAGGAGCCCAGAGAAACCACGGUGGAGUCCAGACUGUGGGACAUUUUGGCGGAUGACUGACAGGUCCGAUGAUAUGCAGCUGUGGGGAAUGUGUCACUGUUCUUACCCUAUGGACCACUUUUAAUAUAAAAUCCUGACUUUAAAUAAAUUGUUGUAGCAAUGUCUUAUGGUGUGACAGACAAUUAGGCAUUUCUUGCAUCAAAUGUAAGAAUUUAACGAAUAGCAUGAGGUGGAUAAGUGGA